ACUGCAAGGGCACUAUCGUCAAGAAGCCAAUAUAAAAAGCUCCCGCUAAUACCCAUCUUUCUGCCUAUUUACAAUCUCUCUCUCUCUCUCUCUCUCUCACUCCAUGGAUUCCACCACUAACUGUUCCGUCAUCGUUGUCGGAGCUGGGAUUUCAGGUAUUUCGGCUGCGAAGGUGUUGGCGGAGAACGGGGUGGAGGAUCUGGUGAUUCUAGAAGCGUCGGAUCGUAUCGGGGGUAGGAUUCGUAAAGAGGAUUUCGGUGGAUUGAAUGUGGAGACCGGUGCGGGUUGGAUCCAAGGCGUUGGUGGGAAAGAAUCCAACCCCGUUUGGGAACUCGCCUGCAAAUCCGGCCUUCGUACCUGCUUCUCCGAUUACAGCAAUGCCAGAUACAACAUCUACGAUCAGAGCGGAAAGAUCUUCCCUAGCAGAGUCGCAGCUGAUUCGUACGACAGAGCAGUGGAGUCUGCGGUUCGUGCUCUGAGGAAUCAGGAGGCGAAGCUCCGAGGCGUCUCAGCAAUGGCGGAUCCGCCCUUAGUCCCAUCGACUCCGAUUGAGCUGGCCAUCGAUUUCAUUCUCCACGAUUUCGAGAUGGCGGAAGUGGAGCCGAUUGCAACCUAUACAGAUUUGGGGGAACGAGAAUUUUUAGUUGCAGACGAAAGAGGGUACGAGUUUUUGCUGCAUAAGAUGGCAGAAAGCUUCCUUUCCUCAAAGGAUGGAAAUACCGUAGAUAGUCGUCUCAAGCUCAACAAGGUUGUUCGGGAAGUACAUUACUCGAGAAACGGCGUUACAUUGAUUACGGAGGACAGUUGCGUCUUCAAGGCGAAAUACGUCAUUUUGUCCGUUAGCGUUGGUGUCCUCCAAAGCGAUCUCAUUCAAUUUUCCCCCUGCUUGCCUAAAUGGAAAACAGAGGCUAUAUCGAAGCUGGAUAUUAUCGUUUAUACGAAGAUCUUUCUAAAGUUCCCCUACAAGUUCUGGCCUUGCGGGCCCGGCACCGAGUUCUUCCUUUACGCCCACGAGAAACGAGGAUACUACACCUUUUGGCAGCACAUGGAGAACGCGUACCCUGGGUCAAACAUUCUGGUAGUGACUUUGACGAAUGAGGAAUCGAAGCGAGUGGAGUCGCAGGGAGAGGAGGAGACUUUGAAAGAGGCAAUGGGAGUUGUGAGGGACAUGUUUGGGCCCCACGUCCCUGAUGCCAUCCAGAUACUCGUCCCCAAGUGGUGGAACAACCGCUUCCAGCGGGGUAGCUACAGCAACUACCCCAUCAUCGCCACCCAACACGACUUCAGAGACGUCAAGGCUCCAGUGGGACCUAUCUUUUUCACUGGGGAGCACACCAACGAGAGAUUCAACGGUUACGUCCACGGCGGUUACCUCUCAGGAAUCGAUACAAGUAAUGCAGUUUUGGAAGCAAUGAGGAAGGACAAGGAAAAAAAUCGUGGGACCCGUUUGAAAAAUCCAUUCCUCCAGCCUUUGCUGGCCUUGACAGAGUCGUUGAGCCUCACACAGCAAGAUGCAGUCUCCCGUCUCCAGAAAUGGGAUGUGGCCCGCCAGCUCUUCCUCAGUGGGAAGCUAGUCAUCCAAGAAGCUAUCAAAUGACUCGUGCACCACUCCGUCUUGGUCAAAUUCAAAUCUUCCAUUGCCAUUGUUGUAACCACACCCUUGGAAUUGAUUAAGGGAUGGGUGGACCGCCUUAUACCACUGAAGAAGGCUGAAAGAGGGAAAGAUGGCGUGCGUGGGGCCGAGCCCUAGGGUCAUAGCACAAGCAUGCAUGCACAUGAGAAGGAAAGAAGGAUUUGGGUGCCAUUGUUUUCAUGUGAUUCUUAUUCCUAGGGCGGUGGAAGUGGUGGGGGCGGCUCGACGUGGAGAUAUUUGUUUUUUUGUGUAGAUUUGCAAUGCAAGGGGAGAAAAUUGACCCUGUUAUGUGCCUUCUUCAACACGUCUUUGUUCAUAA